AUGUCGCUCAAUCAGUACAUGAACAGUGAGNUUUGCACGCUCGUGUCUUGCGACCAAGUCACCAACCUCGUUCUCAAAGACACUGUCGAGCGCGUCAUUAGACCACAAGACGACCCGGAAGAGAGCUCAGAGACACCGCAUGGACUGUACAUGAUCCGAGGCGACAAUGUGGUUGUCUGUGGCUUGGUAGACGAAGCCAUGGAUUCAAGCAUUGACUGGACAAAGGUCCGAGGAGAGGUCAUUGGGUCCACCAAACACGUGUGA